AUGGCUUCCAUCACCACCACCACCGUUACACUCUUCACAUUCUCUCUCCUCCUCCUUUCUCUCUCCACCGUAACCUCCCACCCUUCCUCCACCAUCCUCGAUGCCGCCGAAAUCCUCACCACCGCCGGUCACGAAGCCAUGGCACUCAACCUCGAACUCGCUUCCCAUUCUCUCAUCGCUCGCCGUCAAUCUCGCUCCCUAACCAUCUUCGCUCCGACGAACUUCGCUUUCAGCCAGAUUCCUCAGCUUCCUCUCUCUCUCCUCCGUUACCAACUCCUCCCUCACGCUUUCUCUCUCCACAGCCUCCGAUCUCUCCCGUUCGGCGCGAAUGUCGCUACUCUUCUCCCCGGUCACUCCCUCACCGUCACAACUACUUCCGACCGUAAACUCUCCAUCAACAACGUAACGGUUAAUCCAACGCCGUUGCUCGAUGACGGUUAUCUCGUUAUUUUUCAAACGGAAAGCUUCUUUGAUCCUUAUUUUCAGCUUCCUCGUCCUUCCGGAGCAAGUUGUUUUUCAUCAAGAAAAAUCUCCGGCGACGGCGGUUUUGGAUCGAAACGGUUAAUCACGGAUUCGUCAACGUUUCCAUUCAAGGAAGCUAGCGGUGUUUUGAGAUCGAGAGGUUGUUCAGUUAUGGCGGCGUUUCUUGAUUUACAGUUUCUAGGUCUGAAAGAACGCCCUGAUCAGUUAACCGUUUUCGCGCCGAUCGACGAAGCUAUGGUGAGUCACGUCGGAAACGUGACGGAAUAUUCCGAUAUACUUCGCCGUCAUCUCGUGCCGUGUAAGAUUGUGUGGAAUGAUUUGGUUGUGUUAGAGGAAGGAACGUUGAUUUGGACUUAUCAAAGAGAUUUCACAUUGAAUGUGAAAACUAGUGCUGGUAGUGAUUUGUUUUUGCUUAAUAAUGGUGUUCCUGUGGUUUUUCCGGAUUUGUAUGUCAGUGAUUGGCUUGUUGUUCAUGGAAUCGGAGAUAUUCUUUUGGAUACUGUUAGAUCAGAAGAAGUUUCAGUUCAGGAUGCAGAAUCUACUACAUUUGAGAUUGAUCAUCAUCAUCACCGUCACCGUGAUCAUCGUAUUCAUGAUCGUGCGUAUAAUCCUGCAGAACAUUCUCACUUCUCUGUUUUUCAUUAG